AUGGCGCUCGCUGGCACGGAGCCUCCUGCCGAGGCGCCGGCCGAGGAGCCGGCGGCGGCACCAGCGGCGGCGCCCGAGGCACCGGCGGCCGAGGCUCCUGCUGCCCCCGAGGGUCCUGCCGCCGCGCCGCCCGAGAUCUCGGCCUCUGGCCGGGUGCGCCGCAAGUCUGCAGUGGGCGCCUCUGCCGCGGUGAAGGCGGUGCUGUCCAAGCCCGCGGCGGCGGCGAAGCCCAAGUCAAAGGCGAAGCUCGAUCCCACGCGCAAGAUCCAGGAGAAGAUGUAUGACGUCCGGCUCGGCCGCCUCCUCGCGAGCGUCGAGGAGGCCGAGGCGGUCGAGGCGGAGGCCGCCGCCGCGGAGCGGGCGAUCCGGAGGAAGGAGAACAAGGAGCGGCGGGCAAAGGAGGCCGCCGCCGACAAGGCGGCGGCGGCCGCCGCCGCCGCCGCCCCGCCUCCCGAGCCAAAGUACUCUCGCAGCGGCCGUCAAGUGAAGAUGUCGCUCAAGGCGAGCGAGGUGCACACGUCGUCGCUGCGGGAGGACGUCGAGAUGGAGGAGGAGGGGGAGGGCGGCGGCGGCGACGAGGAGGACGAGUACCGCAACCUCGACGAGCUGGGCGAGGAGGGCGACGAGGAACUCGAGGCGCUGCCGAGGCGCACCAUACGCUUCGCUCGCUCGGCGAUCAAGCAGAAGCGGCGCGGCGGCCUGGCGGAGGAUGGCGGAAGAAGAGGGAGUGGCGAUGAGGGCUCCCUCGCGGUGGGGGACGUCAUCGUCGAGGUCAACGGCAAGGACGCGGGCAUGGAGGGGGAGCUCGGCCCGCUGCUUCCCCCGGCCAAGGCGACGGUCUCUAGUGGUGGGAUGGUGCUAGCCAAGGCGAAGAGCAAGGUGGAGGCCGCCCUCGCGCUGCCGACGCUGGCGGAGGAGGCGAGCCGCAAGGAGGUGGAGGAGCGGCGGCGCGUGCUCUCGGCCGCUGUCAACGUCGGCAAGCGCGCCAGGCUGGACGCAAAGCAGAUCCAGCGGCGCGGAGACCGUAGAAGCUUCUGGAAGAUUCUAGAAGCCGGACAAGAGGCAAGCCCCUCCAGACCCUCUACCAGACGCUCUAGACGCGGACGGCGUGGUUGCUCGGUGUUCCGGCCAGCGCUCGAGAAGCGGCACACGUCUGCCGUAGGCUCGAGAGAUGGGGAGAUGCAGCGAGACGUAGGGAGGCUCGAGAUCUGGCUGCACGCGCUGCCCCCGCCGCCAGAGCCUACGCGCAUGGAGGCCGCCGACGCAGGCAGCGGCGGUGCGCCAGACACGAAUCGCGUGGGGACGCCCCCCCUCGCCUCUGGGGGGGCGAAGGCUCCGCCGCCGCCAGCGGGCGCUGCAUCGGCGGGGCAGCCUCCCUCGGGACAGCCGACCGCCGGACAGGCCCCCGUGCAGGCUCCUGGACAGCCUCCUUCCGGGCAGACGCUUGGGCAAGGCUCUGGACAGCCGACCGCAGAGCAGCGCCCCGCCGGGCAGGCUGCAGCGCCGCCCCUCGCGCCACCGGACGCCGUCCCGCAAGAGGCGGCGCCUCGCCCGCCGCCGGCCGACUCGGCAUCGGGUGCGCCGCCGCCGGCCGACCCGAUGCAGCACUGGCGAUGGAUUCAGCCGAUGGAGUGAUGACGGCGCCGGCGCAUGUGGCCAGCGCCAGACGGCUUGCCGCCACCCGCGCGGGGGAGAGCCAGCGCACUUGGGAUGACGGCGAGCGAGACCCGGCGCUGUGUUUAUCGCUGUGUUGUGUGUAGACACGCCUCUCAGCGCAUGCGCGGCGCUUCCGGCACACGAGUUGGUUUACGCACUCGUAGCUUGCCCGGUGCGCUGCUCUCAUAUCAGCUCGCAUGUUAUUGUUAUAUUUUGCUUUUGGGUU